UGGCUUCGACUUGCAAGUCACGCUAACAAUCCGAUUAGGUAUAGUGUGUGCUGCGCCACAAGCACACGACGCCUCAAUUUCAGCCACAAGGACCGGCCGGUCGGGCGCUGACGUUGGCUUGCAGAGAUCAGUUUGUCCAUUUAUCGCGAGUUGGGCUUGUCGUGACCAGCUACCAACAAAGCCACACCCUUUCGACCCAAAGCGCGCAACGCGAGCAGCUACUCUCCCAUCCUCUGUCUCGCCGCCGACGACAUCUUUCGCUCCUUCACUCAUACUAGCCGCAGCCGCUCUCGCCCCAGGCCUCGGCCUUGCGCUAUCGCGAAACAUUCCCCACCAUCCCGAACCUCUGUAUCACAGCCAUGUUCAGCAUCCCUUCACGGAUACGCGUCGCAUACAUUUCAUCAAAGUCCUAAAUCGACGCCGUGCAAUCGAAGCCUUCUUUAUCAAGGCACACUUCAAGCUACCACAGGAUGGCCGGCAAACCAAUGCAGCUGGAAGACUGGCUCGACGAUCUGUGCGUCCGCUUCAUCAUCAAUCUCCCACAAGAAGACCUGUCCAGUGUCGCCCGAAUAUGCUUUCAGGUAGAAGAAGCACAAUGGUUCUACGAAGAUUUUGUCCGUCCAUUGGACCCCAAUCUACCUAGCAUGUCAUUGCGGACAUUCUGCCUCCGGAUAUUCCAACACUGCCCAAUUCUAGCAUCUUUCCCUGCCGAGAGCCACGUACGCGCAUUCGAGGAAUUCCUACAAUACAAGACCAGAGUGCCGGUCCGAGGCGCGAUUAUGCUGAAUGAGCAGAUGGACUCGACCGUCCUCGUUAAAGGUUGGAAAAAAGGGGCCAACUGGAGCUUCCCGCGCGGCAAGAUCAACAAAGAUGAGGACGAUCUGGACUGCGCGGUCCGAGAAGUUUGGGAAGAGACAGGAUUCGACCUGCGCGCUGCUGGCCUUGUGCCCAAGGAACCGCCCAAGGCUCUCGAAGUCACGAUGCGUGAGCAGCAGAUCCGCCUCUAUGUUUUUAGGAACGUCCCCAUGGACACCCAUUUCCAGACACAAACCAGGAAGGAGAUCAGCAAGAUCCAGUGGUACAAGCUCUCAGAGCUACCGGCCUUUCGCAAAAAGAACCAGGGUCAGGAUGCGGCCAACAGCACCAACAAGUUUUACAUGGUCGCUCCAUUCUUGGUCCAGCUCAAGAAGUGGGUAGCGACACAGAAGAAGAUGGACGCUAGGCAAGCGGGCAUGCCCUAUGGCUCCCAGCUCAACGCGAACUUCUCCGUGGAUGAAGCGCCUACGGAAGAAGACGGAUAUCCUCAAGAACCGCCGCCGCCGCCGCCGCCUCAUCAUCAUCAGCAUGGUGGCAUUCCCAACGCCAUGGCUGGUGCCACAGGCGACCUGCAGCGACUGCUCAACGUACAGCCAGCGACGCAGAACCCCCAGAUGCAGCCGAACAUGGAGGAUAAAGCCAGUGCGUUGCUGUCCAUCCUUCAGGUCAAGGACACAGCCUCGGAGGGGCAGUAUAGACAGGGGCAGGACCAGCUGUCGCACACACAACUGGAGAUGGCUGCCGGCGGCGCGCUACACCAGCGCAACCCUCACCAUCACUCGAGCCAGCAUCAUUACCAUGCUCACCACCAUGCGGAGCAGGCUCCUCCGGCUUUGCAUCUUCAUCAACAUCACCAUGGGCCAACUUUCACUGUUGCUCAACAACCAAACCAACAUGGAUCCCAGCAGCCUUACCAACAAAGCCAGGGCCUCUCGUCACAAGAGCAGUCUCAGCAGCUUCUGCAGCAAUUCUGCCAGCAGGGCAAAGCAUCUACUCACGAAUUCGAAGGCACCCCUCGUCAGACUCAACCACAGCCUGCCGCCGCUCCAGCUGCGCAGCUAGUACACCCUCAGCCUCUGCCUCCGCAGGUGCAACGUGCCAUGUUCAACAAGAGCACGUUCCAGGAGAAUUCUUCCCACGCAACCCAGCCCCAAGCCCAAGCACCAGUGGCCAAGGCUGGACCUGGGCAAGCCGCUUCAAACCCUGGUCCAGCUCCUGCUCAGUCCCAACCUCAACACAUGAAUAACGGCCCUCGUCCUGCCCACUUGAACGGACAGUCCAUGGCCUUGCUCAAUGCAUUCAAGCGAGAUGCUGGCAUCUCACCUCAGGCGCAACAUGAAGCCAUGCCCGCGCCCGCGCCGCAGCAGAUGCCGCCGCAAGCAACACAGCAAUCGCUUCUGUUCAGCCAAUCCACGUCUCGCACGCAGCAGCCUACAGCAACAUCUCAAGUGCCUCAACCAUCGGAACUCGCCGGCUCGAAACCCUCCGCACAGCCUGACCAACAUCGUUCGUCUCUACUUGGGAUGUUCAAGACUGCAGGAGCGUCACCAUCACCGAAACCCAUCACGUCUUCUGCUCAGCCGGGUGUUCAAGCCGCUCAGAAGCAAAGUCUCCUCGAUGCACUCCGUGGCGGGCCUCAAGGAACACAGCCCCUGACCAAACCAACACCGCCCCAAGCGUCCGAUCCAAGCACUGCUGCAUUGUCCAGCUUCCUCACCAUGAAGCCUCGCGAGGAGCAGAAGCCCCGGCAUGCCCAGAUGCCCCCUCCACAGGCUCAACCUCAGCCGGCACAGCCCAUCCGCAUCCUCCAGCGAGGCCAAGCCGCCGAUUCAAUCAACUACGCCCCUCCCAUGCAAGACAAGUCCACUUCGCGCUCGCCCUAUGCUGUCCAAUCACCCGCGGGCUCUCACCAUUACGCCAGUCCCCCGGUGGCGAGUGCCCAACCUUCGCCAGCAUCAUCACAGCGCCGACCCGAGCCAUCGCAGGACCAACGUCGCCAACUUCUUUCGCUGUUUGGCGGGAUGCAGCAACAGCCUCCUGUGCCGAGCUCAGGCCCGGGUGUGGCCGAGAUGGGAUCUGGCCAAGCUUCUCCAGCCAGAGGAGGCACAAGCACGCCAAUGUCUCCCGCUGAACAGACAUUCUUACUUGACUAUCUCCAGUCCGUCACCAACACUGCCUCACGCUAGGAUAAGACACGCUUUGAAGGUUCACGGGCCAAGCUUGUCAACUACUGUAUUCGAUAGGAGACGUGAGUCCUGUUUGUGCCCGCGAGGGGUGUUCUAGGCGGGAUAUGUUCUCCCUAAUUAAGUACACAUGGGCUGCGGAUAGUACCAACACCUAGGAUGGGUCAUGAGUCUGGUAGUUUGGCGAAGCGAAUCAAGCGAUCACAAUAGCAAUACCAUACCUUUAU